CAACUUUUUUAUCCAUUACAAACAUUAACAAUCUACAAAUUCUCUCAAUCACCAUCUUUAUUAAAUGUCUGUACAAUCUGUUCCUUCUAUGGCUCCGUCUUCUCCAGAGCCUAUUCAACGCUCACCAUGGCACUCACCGGUACCAUACCUGUUUGGAGGCCUAGCUGCUAUGCUUGGUCUCAUUGCUUUUGCUCUCUUGAUCCUGGCCUGCUCCUACUGGAAGCUCUCCGGGGAUAUGGACAACGGUGGAGAACAAGAGCGAGACAUCGAGGCUGGAGAUUCCAAACCCGAUAAUCACGAAAAGAAUCUACCCCCGGUUUUCGAAGAGAAGUAUCUAGUAAUCAUGGCAGGACAAGUAAAACCAACGUUUAUCGCAACGGCUGUUUCGAGCCGAGUGUCGUCCUUUGGUAGUUGUAGUUCUGGGGACAACUCUAAGGACGAUAGAUCGAAGACAUUGGAUGAGGAAACGAUGGAGAAGGAGAAACAAGUGACGAGCAUCAUAAACCGGGAGGUUAUGGAUCAGGUCCCUUAAUAAUUUAGAGAUAAAAACAAAAAUAUUCAUCUUUUUGUUAACUUAUUCUUGGAGUGAAUGUGGGAUUCAAGCUACAUUUAGUGAAAUAUGCUAACAUUCCAUUGGUGAUCAAAGGGCAUCAUCUCCUACUUCCUUAUUUUACAUGACCCGACCUGAUCCGAUCCGUUAUGGACCGAUUUUUUUUAUGUAGCUUGGGGUCUAAAAUCUAUAAAAAAAUUUCCGCACCCCCAUGAAAAAAAAAUCUUGGGUCCGCCACUGAAGAAACCUGAGAAGUUAAUGAGGGAUUUCUAAAGUUUUGUGCUAAAUGUGUUACCCCCUCUUGUUUUACAUUUUUACUUGUUGCACUCCUCGUUCAACUUGUUAUAUCAGUAACGCUCCAUGUGCUUCAUCAGACGAUGUGUAUGUAUAAAAUGAUGAAUUAAAAAACUAUUUCAAAUGAA